AGCAGGGAGCUCCCUUUCGGCUCGGCUGGCGCGGUCGCUGGGGGCGGCGCUGAGCUGCGCCGCGCUGAGCUCUGCUCCAGCCCCGACCGGGCCGAGGCUGCUGGAUGCCGCGUCUCCGCUUCUGCUGCCUGCCGGGCGGGCUCCGGUGGCUGCAGCAAAGUGGGGCACCAAGGCCCUGUGCUAAGCACUCAUAAUCCUCUGGGGGUGCUACCCCAUACAAACAGCACCCCCACCAUGUUUAACCUAAUGAAGAAAGACAAGGACAAAGAUGGCGGGCGGAAGGAGAAGAAGGAGAAAAAGGAGAAAAAGGAGCGGAUGUCAGCGGCAGAGCUUCGGAGCCUGGAGGAGAUGAGCCUGCGACGCGGCUUCUUCAACCUGAACCGCUCCUCCAAGCGUGAAUCCAAGACGCGCCUGGAAAUCUCCAACCCCAUCCCUAUCAAGGUGGCCAGCGGCUCUGACCUACACCUAACUGACAUUGACUCCGACAGUAACCGGGGCAGCAUCAUCCUGGACUCGGGCCAUCUAAGCACAGCCAGCUCCAGCGAUGACCUCAAGGGUGAGGAGGGCAGCUUCCGUGGCUCGGUGCUGCAGCGGGCAGCCAAGUUCGGCUCACUGGCCAAGCAGAACUCACAGAUGAUUGUCAAGCGCUUUUCCUUCUCCCAGCGUAGCCGGGAUGAGAGCGCCUCAGAAACCUCGACGCCCUCAGAGCACUCUGCCGCCCCCUCACCACAGGUGGAGGUGAGGACUCUAGAGGGACAGCUGGUGCAGCAUCCUGGCCCAGGCAUCCCUCGACCAGGGCACCGAUCCCGAGCCCCUGAGCUAGUGACUAAAAAGUUCCCAGUCGACCUGCGCCUGCCCCCCGUGGUGCCCCUGCCCCCACCUGCCCUCCGGGAGCUGGAGCUGCAACGACGGCCCACUGGAGACUUUGGCUUCUCCCUGCGGCGCACAACCAUGCUGGAUCGGGGCCCUGAGGGCCAGGCCUAUCGGCGGGUGGUCCACUUUGCUGAGCCUGGUGCAGGCACCAAGGACCUGGCCUUGGGGCUGGUGCCAGGAGAUCGACUGGUGGAGAUUAAUGGGCACAAUGUGGAGAACAAGUCCAGGGAUGAAAUUGUGGAGAUGAUCCGGCAGUCAGGGGACAGCGUACGGCUCAAGGUGCAGCCCAUUCCAGAGCUCAGCGAACUCAGCAGGAGCUGGCUGCGAAGCGGCGAGGGACCUCGCAGGGAGCCAUCCGAUGCAGGAGCUGCCAAGGUCCAGCUGACCCCCGUGGAAGAGGCCCACCAGCGGCUGGAGAGGAUCUUCACAGCUUCUCUGGACUCUGAGGCCGCCUCUCGUGCCCACAGCCAGGCGAAGACAGAAGAGCAGAUUGCAGCGGAGGAGGCCUGGAAUGAGACGGAGAAGGUGUGGCUGGUCCAUAGGGAUGGCUUCUCACUGGCCAGUCAACUCAAAUCCGAGGAGCUCAGCUUGCCUGAGGGGAAAGUGCGCGUGAAGCUGGACCACGAUGGGGCCAUCCUGGAUGUGGACGAGGAUGACGUGGAGAAGGCUAAUGCUCCCUCCUGCGACCGUCUGGAGGAUCUGGCCUCACUGGUGUACCUCAAUGAGUCCAGUGUCCUGCACACCUUGCGCCAGCGCUAUGGCGCUAGCCUGCUGCACACGUAUGCUGGCCCCAGCCUGCUGGUUCUUGGCCCCCGUGGGGCCCCUGCUGUGUACUCUGAGAAGGUGAUGCACAUGUUCAAGGGGUGUCGGCGGGAGGACAUGGCACCCCACAUCUAUGCAGUGGCCCAGACCGCAUACAGGGCGAUGCUGAUGAGCCGUCAGGACCAGUCGAUCAUCCUCCUGGGUAGUAGUGGCAGUGGCAAGACCACCAGCUGCCAGCAUCUGGUGCAGUACCUGGCCACCAUCGCGGGCGUCAGCGGGAACAAGGUGUUUUCUGUGGAGAAGUGGCAGGCUCUGUACACCCUCCUGGAAGCCUUUGGGAACAGCCCCACCAUCAUGAACGGCAAUGCCACCCGCUUCUCCCAGAUCCUCUCCCUGGACUUUGACCAAGCUGGCCAGGUGGCCUCGGCCUCCAUUCAGACAAUGCUUCUGGAGAAGCUUCGUGUGGCUCGGCGCCCAGCCAGUGAGGCCACAUUCAACAUCUUCUACUACCUGCUGGCCUGUGGGGAUGGCACCCUCAGGACAGAGCUCCACCUCAACCACUUGGCAGAGAACAAUGUGUUUGGGAUUGUGCCACUGGCCAAGCCUGAGGAAAAGCAGAAGGCAGCUCAGCAGUUCAGUAAGCUGCAGGCGGCCAUGAAGGUGCUGGGCAUCUCCCCCGAUGAACAGAAGGCCUGCUGGCUCAUUCUGGCUGCCAUCUACCACCUGGGGGCUGCGGGAGCCACCAAAGAGGCCCCCGAGGAGCAAGCGGAAGCUGCUGAAGCUGGGCGUAAGCAGUUUGCCCGCCAUGAGUGGGCCCAGAAGGCUGCGUACCUACUGGGCUGCAGCCUGGAGGAGCUGUCUUCAGCUAUCUUCAAGCACCAGCACAAGGGUGGCACUCUGCAGCGCUCCACCUCCUUCCGCCAGGGCCCCGAGGAGAGUGGCCUGGGAGAUGGGACAGGCCCGAAACUGAGUGCGCUGGAGUGCCUUGAGGGCAUGGCGGCUGGCCUCUACAGCGAGCUCUUCACCCUUCUCGUCUCCCUGGUGAACAGGGCUCUCAAGUCCAGCCAGCACUCGCUCUGCUCCAUGAUGAUUGUCGACACCCCGGGUUUCCAGAACCCUGAGCAGGGUGGGUCGGCCCGCGGAGCCUCCUUUGAAGAGCUGUGCCACAACUACACCCAGGACCGGCUGCAGAGACUCUUCCGCGAGCGCACCUUCGUGCAGGAGUUGGAAAGAUACAAGGAGGAGAACAUCGAGCUGGCGUUUGAUGACUUGGAGUCCCCCACGGAGGACUCUGUGGCUGCUGUGGACCAGGCCUCCCAUCAGUCCCUGGUCCGCUCGCUGGCCCGCACAGACGAGGCAAGGGGCCUGCUCUGGCUAUUGGAAGAGGAGGCUCUGGUGCCAGGGGCCAGUGAGGACACCCUCCUGGAGCGCCUUUUCUCCUAUUAUGGCCCCCAGGAAGGUGACAAAAAAGGCCAAAGCCCCCUUCUGCGCAGCAGCAAACCGCACCACUUUCUCUUGGGCCACAGCCAUGGCACCAACUGGGUAGAGUACAACGUGACUGGCUGGCUGAACUACACCAAGCAGAACCCAGCCACCCAGAAUGCCCCCCGGCUCCUGCAGGACUCCCAGAAAAAAAUCAUCAGCAACCUGUUUCUGGGCCGCGCAAGCAGUGCCACGGUGCUCUCUGGCUCCAUUGCGGGCCUGGAGGGCGGCUCGCAGCUGGCACUGCGUCGGGCCACCAGCAUGCGGAAGACCUUUACCACGGGCAUGGCGGCUGUCAAAAAGAAGUCACUGUGCAUCCAGAUGAAGCUGCAGGUGGAUGCCCUCAUCGACACCAUCAAGAAGUCGAAGCUGCAUUUUGUGCACUGCUUCCUGCCUGUGGCUGAGGGCUGGGCUGGGGAGCCCCGUUCCGCCUCCUCCCGCCGAGUCAGCAGCAGCAGUGAGCUGGACCUGCCCUCGGGAGACCACUGCGAGGCUGGGCUCCUGCAGCUCGACGUGCCCCUGCUCCGCACCCAGCUCCGCGGCUCCCGCCUGCUCGAUGCCAUGCGCAUGUACCGCCAAGGUUACCCUGACCACAUGGUGUUUUCUGAGUUCCGCCGCCGCUUUGAUGUCCUGGCCCCGCACCUGACCAAGAAACACGGGCGUAACUACAUCGUGGUGGAUGAAAGGCGGGCAGUGGAGGAGCUGCUGGAGUGCUUGGAUCUGGAGAAGAGCAGCUGCUGCAUGGGCCUGAGCCGGGUGUUCUUCCGGGCGGGUACCUUGGCACGGCUGGAGGAGCAGCGGGACGAACAAACCAGCAGGAACCUAACCCUUUUCCAAGCAGCCUGCCGGGGCUACCUGGCCCGCCAGCACUUCAAGAAGAGAAAGAUCCAGGACCUGGCCAUUCGCUGUGUUCAGAAGAACAUCAAGAAGAACAAAGGGGUGAAGGACUGGCCCUGGUGGAAGCUCUUUACCACAGUGAGGCCCCUCAUUGAAGUACAGCUGUCAGAGGAGCAGAUCCGGAACAAAGACGAGGAGAUCCAGCAGCUGCGGAACAAGCUCGAGAAGGUGGAGAAGGAGCGGAACGAGCUGCGGCUCAACAGUGACCGGCUGGAGAGCCGGAUCUCGGAGCUGACAUCGGAGCUGACAGAUGAGCGUAACACAGGAGAGUCUGCCUCCCAGCUGCUGGACGCGGAGACAGCAGAGAGGCUCCGGGCUGAGAAGGAGAUGAAGGAAUUGCAGACCCAGUAUGAUGCACUGAAGAAGCAGAUGGAGGUUAUGGAAAUGGAAGUGAUGGAGGCCCGUCUCAUCCGGGCAGCGGAGAUCAACGGGGAAGUGGAUGAUGAUGAUGCAGGUGGCGAGUGGCGGCUGAAGUACGAGCGGGCUGUGCGGGAGGUGGACUUCACCAAGAAGCGGCUCCAGCAGGAGUUUGAGGACAAGCUGGAGGUGGAGCAGCAGAACAAGAGGCAGCUGGAGCGGCGGCUCGGGGACCUGCAGGCAGACAGUGAGGAGAGUCAACGGGCUCUGCAGCAGCUCAAGAAGAAGUGCCAGCGGCUGACAGCUGAGCUGCAGGACACCAAGCUGCACCUGGAGGGCCAGCAGGUCCGCAACCAUGAGCUGGAGAAGAAGCAGAGGAGGUUUGACAGUGAACUCUCGCAGGCGCAUGAGGAGGCCCAGCGGGAGAAGCUGCAGCGGGAGAAGCUGCAGCGGGAGAAGGACAUGCUCCUUGCUGAGGCUUUCAGCCUGAAGCAGCAACUAGAGGAAAAAGACAUGGAUAUUGCAGGGUUCACCCAGAAGGUUGUGUCUCUAGAGGCAGAGCUCCAGGACAUUUCUUCCCAAGAGUCCAAGGAUGAGGCUUCUCUGGCCAAGGUCAAGAAACAGCUCCGGGACCUGGAGGCCAAAGUCAAGGAUCAGGAAGAAGAGCUGGAUGAGCAGGCAGGGACCAUCCAGAUGCUGGAACAGGCCAAGCUGCGUCUGGAGAUGGAGAUGGAGCGAAUGAGACAGACCCAUUCUAAGGAGAUGGAGAGUCGGGAUGAGGAGGUGGAGGAGGCCCGGCAGUCAUGUCAGAAGAAGUUAAAACAGAUGGAGGUUCAGCUGGAGGAAGAGUAUGAGGACAAGCAGAAGGUGCUGCGAGAGAAGCGGGAGCUGGAGGGCAAGCUCGCCACCCUCAGCGACCAGGUGAACCGGCGGGACUUUGAGUCAGAGAAGCGGCUGCGGAAGGACCUGAAGCGCACCAAGGCCCUGCUGGCGGAUGCCCAGCUCAUGCUGGACCACCUGAAGAACAGCGCUCCCAGCAAGCGAGAGAUUGCCCAGCUCAAGAACCAGCUGGAGGAGUCAGAGUUCACCUGUGCGGCAGCCGUGAAAGCACGGAAAGCAAUGGAGGUAGAGAUUGAAGACCUGCACCUGCAGAUUGAUGACAUCGCCAAAGCCAAGACAGUGCUGGAGGAGCAGCUGAGCCGCCUUCAGCGUGAGAAGAAUGAAAUCCAGAACCGGCUAGAGGAGGAUCAAGAAGACAUGAACGAAUUGAUGAAAAAGCACAAGGCUGCCGUGGCUCAGGCUUCCCGGGACCUGGCUCAGAUAAAUGAUCUCCAAGCUCAGCUAGAAGAGGCCAACAAAGAGAAGCAGGAGCUGCAGGAGAAGCUACAAGCCCUCCAGAGCCAGGUGGAGUUCCUGGAGCAGUCCAUGGUGGACAAGUCCCUGGUGAGCAGGCAGGAAGCUAAGAUACGGGAGCUGGAGACACGCCUGGAGUUUGAAAGGACACAAGUGAAACGGCUGGAGAGCCUGGCUAGCCGGCUCAAGGAAAACAUGGAGAAGCUUACUGAGGAGCGGGAUCAGCGCACUGCAGCCGAGAACCGGGAGAAGGAACAGAACAAGCGGCUACAGAGGCAGCUCCGGGACACCAAGGAGGAGAUGGGCGAGCUUGCCAGGAAGGAGGCCGAGGCCAGCCGCAAGAAGCACGAACUGGAGAUGGAUCUAGAAAGCCUGGAGGCUGCUAACCAGAGCCUGCAGGCUGACCUAAAGCUGGCAUUCAAGCGCAUCGGGGACCUGCAGGCCGCCAUCGAGGAUGAGAUGGAGAGUGAUGAGAAUGAGGACCUCAUCAACAGUUUGCAGGACAUGGUGACAAAGUAUCAGAAAAGAAAGAAUAAACUUGAGGGAGACUCGGAUGUGGACUCGGAGCUGGAGGACCGGGUCGACGGGGUCAAGUCCUGGUUGUCAAAAAACAAGGGACCUUCCAAGGCAGCUUCUGAUGAUGGCAGCUUAAAGAGUUCCAGCCCCACCAGCUACUGGAAGUCCCUUGCCCCUGACCGGUCAGAUGAUGAGCACGACCCUCUCAACAACACCUCCAGACCCCGAUACUCCCACAGCUAUCUGAGUGACAGCGACACAGAGGCCAAGCUGACGGAGACUAACAAAUAGCCCAGGGGAGUAGUUCGCAGCCCUUUCACCCCACGGCCUGUGGCUGCCUGGGCACCACUCCCAGGAAGUGGUGGGGCACCGGUCUCCCCCGCCCGACUGCGGAUCUGCAUGGGAAACACCCUGACCUCCUUCUGUCAGGGGGACUUUCCAGGCUAUGGGUGUCUGAUGUCUCCACAUGGAAGAGGUGGGGGAAAGAGGAGUUUCUGAAGAGAACUUUUUGCUCCUCUCUGCCUCAAAAUGCCAGAUUCUUGGCUUCUACCCUGGGCCACCGUGGACAAUGGCAGGUGGCCUGGCACUGCAUGGCGCCAGCACAUUGACCUCCCUCUCAGCUCCCUGCUCAGGGACGGUGGACAGGUUGCCUACUGGGACAUUCUAGGUUGCUGGGUCCAUGGGGAGGAUUGGGGGAGGAGCAGCAAUGCCUUCCCUCUCGUGUGGGGUGGGGGCUCUCUUCUUGGUGCCUGCUGUCUUUCUACUUUUUAAUUUAAAUACCCAACCUCUCCAUCACAGCUCCAUCCCUGAGAGUGGGAGGGGGCUGCAGGGGUAGCUGGGGCUCCCAAGAAUGACUCGGGAAUGUCAUCUCCAUCUUCACCCUUGAGAGAGCAGUCCUUUCUCUGUGCAGCUGGAGACACUGGUGAGCAGAGCCGGGUCCAGGUUCUUAAGAAUGAGGUCAGGAGGGGCUCUCCGGUACUGCUGGGCUGGGUUGAGCAAGCCUAUACAGACAAGUGUGCGUGUGGACCAUCCACACCUUCGGCCCCCACCCCACCCUCUUUGUCUCAGCGUGUUAUGUGCAAUGACCUAUUUAAGAUAAACCCAUUCCAACUACAGCAGUUCAGGGCGGAUCCAAGCACUGCCUCCCUCCCGCUCUGUCCAGGUAGCCUGGACCAUAAACUCAACUUGAGAGGGAAGACUUGGGGUUGAGGGCUUGUCAUCAGAAAAACUGAAGAUGGAAGUUGUGGCCAUUAGACAUGAGUCCUCACUCUGUGUCCUGAGCCCAUGUCAUUCUUCUUCUUCCAACCUCCCUGCCCCCACAUACUUACCCCAGACACAACACCAUGUGGUCUGGAGGUCCCAGCCCCCACCCUAAAAAGGUUAUCCCUAACAACUCCACCAGACUUGGGAGCCCAAGGGCAGUGCCUGGUGCUGCUCCCAUCUGCCACCCCUCUUCUCUCCUGCAAUUGGUUUGUACUCACUGGGCUGUGCUCUCCCCUGUUUACCCGAUGUAUGAAAUAAAGGCCCUUUUCCUCCUG